CUGCAAAUGCCGUGCAUGAAGCGGAGUUUGCCCUGCAGGUCAGGCUUAAUUUUAUUAUUAAAACAUAUUUUUACUUCCUUACAGUAACAGCACACGAGGAAUCAUCCUGUUGAUUUCCAAUAAAACCCAGUGGCGCUGUUGCCUCAGACCAGUUACGUUGUUUCCUGUUGCUGGUCAAGGCGCAGAAUGAGGUCAUGCAGGUGGAAACACUUUGGCGUUGAAGUAAAUGUGCCGCCGUUGAUGGCAGCUGAGGUUGUGUUGCUCAGUGAGUCACACCUGUCCAACGAGGAGAUGGGGAGUGGAGUGGGCGGGGCCAGCUCGGCUGCCUGGGCGGAGCCCAGCAUGCGGAGAGGCCUUAAGAGGAGCGAGAGCUUAACCUCGGGAGCAGAGCUGCAGAGAAGGUUUUAGUGCCAAGGCCUGUCAGGGACAAUUACAGUCUCAGUGGCUGCAGCUCUUAGAGUUUCUCAGCUGAUCCCGGGAGGCCUGAGCGCCGCUUCUCAACUUACAACACGGGAGUUUUGUUUUGUGGGAGCUUCAAAAUGUGUAGUUGUUAGAGGCGGGAUGCGCUGUUCUGAGAGACGCAACCAUCGGGAAAGAACCUGCUGAGUCCACCUGCAGCUGCGGUGGUUUUACUUUUUUUUUUUUUAGAGCCAUGAAGUUUAACCAGUCUGUAACAGAGGAGACACAGGGGAGCCACAGCGAGAACAAAGUCUGGAAAUGGCACAUUCAGGAUCCCGCCAGCCAGAGACUGACGUGGAACAAGCCUCCGAAAAGUGUCCUUGUCAUCAAGAAGAUCCGAGAUGCCAGCCUGCUUCAGCCGUUCAAGGAGCUCUGCACUUUCCUCACCGAGGUGAAGGACCUGAUGGUUUACGUGGAGAAGAAGGUCCUGGAUGAUCCGGCCAUUUCAGGCGACGAAGUUUUCGCCGCCAUCACUAAGAAAUUUUGCACUUUCAGAGAAGAUCUGGACGAUAUCUCCAAUCGUGUGGACUUCAUCAUCUGUCUCGGUGGAGAUGGAACGUUGCUGUACGCGUCUUCGCUUUUCCAGGAGAGCGUCCCCCCUGUCAUGGCCUUCCACCUGGGCUCCCUGGGCUUCCUGACGCCGUUCAAGUUCGAUACGUAUCAGUCUCAGGUCACGCAGAUCAUCGAAGGAAACGCCGCCAUCGUGCUGCGAAGUCGCCUGCAGGUGCGAGUGCUCAAGGAGAACUGGGAGAAGAAGGACACGGUGGACGAGAAGGGCAUCAUCCUGACCAAUAAGGACCUGGAGACCAGCCGCAAAGCCAUGCAGUAUCAGGUUCUUAACGAGGUGGUGGUGGACAGAGGACCCUCCUCCUACCUGUCCAACGUGGACCUCUUCCUGGACGGACACCUGAUCACCACGGUGCAGGGGGACGGUUUGAUCGUUUCCACGCCGACGGGCAGCACGGCGUACGCGGUGGCCGCCGGAGCCUCCAUGAUCCACCCCAACGUCCCGGCCAUCAUGAUCACCCCCAUCUGUCCUCACUCCCUCUCCUUCAGACCCAUCGUGGUGCCUGCUGGAGUGGAGCUCCAGAUAAAGCUCUCCCCUGAUGCCAGGAACACGGCCUGGGUGUCGUUCGACGGCAGGAAGAGACAGGAGAUCUGCCACGGAGACAGUAUCACCAUCACCACUUCCUGCUUCCCCGUUCCCUCCAUCUGCUUCCGAGACCCGGUGAACGACUGGUUCGAGAGCCUGGCCACGUGUUUACACUGGAACGUGAGGAAGAAGCAGAACUACCUCAGCUCGGAGGACGAAGAGUUCUGAAGGACCGCUCCUUUCGCCUGCCGCCGCCGAGAGCCUCCGACUCUUAACUUUAGUAUUGGCAAAAGUCAAAGUGCAGCGAUUUCGGACGUGUAAUCAAAAAGGAAAGCAACACACUGCAACUCUCGGGUUGAACCCAAACACAGUCGCGUGGCGUCAUAGUGCUGUUGUUGGCUUGCUCCGAGACUUUUUCCAUAUUCAGGGAGACUUUUUUUUUUUUUUUAAAAGGAAAUCAACUCUCUCUGCUGAAGCAAAGACCAAACUACACUAGAGUAGAAAAACUCCAGUUCAUGUUUAACUAAGAACUAAUGAGAUCUUAAAAGUUGCUUUAGCUGAAUCCAGGGGCCCAACUGUGCAGAAUGUGCCUUAAACACUGCCUUCAUCAGGAUAAAGUGAUAUUUUGAGGUUACCAAAUUUGUGUUUUUUUCUAUUUUUUUUAUCUAACAUUUGCCAUGUUUGUCUUUCCUGUUAGCAGAACUGAACACAUGGCUGUGUUUUAGGUAGUUUACUGAAUCGAAGGCGGCACAAAGCUGUUGCGAGCCCCUUCUUACUGAUGUCUGGUUUUAAAGAUUUUUCCUUUAAGCAUCCGCCAAACAUUUUAAAAUCUGUAUUUUUUUAGACCGAUGUCUGUGGGCUCUGUGAUGGUCUGUGUGUGAAUGUUGAGGGAUUGUUACAAACUUGCUGCGUUUCCCACAGUGCAGCCUACGUUACAGGUCUGUCGGGACCUGCCCACCGUCCAGAUGUUUGGUUUUAAAUCGACUCAACAGAUCAAUCAUUCCUCUUAACCCUGUACAUAAAUGUAAAACGCUAAUAAGCUGUUGUUUUGUAUAAUAAUGUUUAUUCACAGGUUUACAGUGUAUUAUUACUGAAAAUAAAUCUAUUUGCUACUUUUUAUACGGCGAUGCGUUUGUCACUUGUUGAUUUUUGUCGACGUGGAGCAGUCUAGUGUCUUGACGAUCCGUUAGAAACGCAUUCCAGGGCAAAUGUGAUUUGUCUGACUUUUAAUAGGAAAGAGACCAGCUGGUUCGUCACCAGCGUUGGUCUCAGCUGUUCUCUGUAAAGUGCUUUUCACUUUUGUAACCGAGAGCCUGCAACUCUAACUUUUGCAUUGGCAAGUUUGAUAAACGUGUCCAAGAAGCUAUUCUCUUUUUUUUUUUUUUUUUCCAUAACACCUUAA